CUUUCCCCCAGUUGCCAGCUGUACCAACCCAGCAGCCCUUGGAGCAGGAGCAGCCCAGGGACCUGGAGGCAGCAGCAGGAGGACCUGAUGCUCCUCCAUAUUAAACCGUGUCUGAGCUGAGGAAUUCAUCCAGAUCAUCUCUCCCUGCCUCCCUCCUACAGCAAAGUUUAUUUUUAACCAGCGCUUCGGAUGGGCCUAAGAGGAGUAGCAGCAGCAGCAGCAGCAUCUUUUAACCCAAUUGGCCUGGGCGCUUCCUCAAGUACAUCCCACUUGCUGCUGCUGCUGGCUCUUCUCUUCUCUUUCCUCCUCCUUCCUCCACUUUUCUCUUUGGCCUCCUUGGAGGAGGAGGAGCAGGGCUUGGGAUGGAGGAGAUGGAGGGCCACUGAGGAGGACAUGGCCUGGCUCCUAGUCUUCCCCCCCUUUGAAGCCGAAGUGGAACCGCUUACUCAAGAUAUAAAGUGCAUUUUUGAAGAACAACCAAAAGCAUAGAAAGAGGCAGUGCUGUGCUGAUCCUCUGUCUGUGCUGACACAAAGGUGAUUCCCCCUAUUGUCCUGCUUGCAACAUCAUCACAGAAGCUAAAUCCACAGUUAUAAAGGUGCUGUUGAGGAGAAGGCUCUGGAUUUAGAUGCUGCUAGACUUCUAAUACUAAAACAAGAAAGCAGGAAGGAAGGGAAGCCUCACCGGACUGUGUCAACGAAGGAAAAUGAAGAGAAUAAAUUCAGGAGCUUGAGCAGUUCUACAACAGCAACAGGGUUCCCAAAGUGGAGGGGUGGAUUUUCCUCUUCUUGACAUAAUGAUGGCAGCCAUCAUGACCUUGGGGAAGAUUGCCGAAAAUGGCACCACAGCAACUCCGAGCGUCAAAUCCCUGUCAAAGCCUCUUGCUCCCAACCGGAUUGGCAGGAGAAACCAGGAAACAAAAGAUGAAAAGUCUUCCUAUACCUGCCCCCUGUGUGAAAAGGUUUGCACUACCCAACAUCACCUGACUAUGCACAUUCGCCAGCAUAACAUUGACACUGGAGGAACCGACCAUUCCUGCAGCAUCUGUGGAAAGUCGCUGAGCUCUGCAAGCUCCCUCGAUCGUCACAUGCUAGUGCAUUCUGGUGAAAGGCCUUACAAAUGUUCAGUAUGUGAUCAGUCCUUCACCACAAAUGGAAACAUGCACAGACAUAUGAAAAUCCAUGAAAAGGAUCCAAACAGCACUACAAAUACUGCAGCACCUGUCUCCCCGUUGAAACGCAGGCGAUUGUCCACCAAACGAAAACUCAGUCAAGAUCAUGAGGCAGACAAGGAAGAGCGGACUCCAGCAAAAAAGCAGGUUGUGGAGGAAUCACAAAGUGGAGAAACAGAGAAGAAAGCUGAGGAAGUUUAUCGUUGUCCAGUGUGUUUCAAGGAAUUUUCUUGCAAAUAUGGGCUGGAAUCCCACAUGGAAGCACACCCAGAUACCUCCUUGAGGUGUGACAUCUGUUGUAUUACCUUCCGCACACACAGGGGCUUGUUACGGCAUAAUGCAGCUAUUCAUAAACAACUUCCAAAAGACCCAACGGGAAAGCCUUUUAUUCAGAACAACCCUUCAAUUCCAGCAGGCUUCCACGAUCUAGGAUUCACCGACUUCUCCUGUAAGAAAUUUCCACGCAUUUCUCAGGUCUGGUGUGAAACAAACUUGCGGAGGUGCACCAGUGAAUUUCAUCGGUAUGUCUGUGAGAUGUGUAAUAAGGCAUUCCCCAUGCAGUUGGCACUCAAGCUGCACACAGAAACCCAUGCAACUGAUCAGAAAAAAGAAGAGCACAAACUGCCGUCAGAGGAUGCAAACUUGAAGGCCUACAUGGAGUCCCUGGGACUGCAGCAUACCAAAGACAUUAAACCUGCCAAGCAGGAGGAGCUUGCACCAGAUAGUGAGGUCCAUGAAAUGCAGCAAAGAACACUGAAAUGUAAUCUACCUCAGGGACCUGGUAGUGCUAACCAGUUGAAUGUGUCCCCUCUGGAAGCUGCCUCUGUGGGUGGGACUUUCUCGGUCCUUUCCCCUACGAAGGAAAACAUAAAGCUCCUGUCACUACAGCCUUUCCAGAAGGGUUUCAUAAUUCAGCCUGACAAUAGCAUUGUUGUCAAACCUAUUUCUGGUGAACUAGCAGACAUCCAGCAGAUCUUAAAGAUGGCUUCUUCAGCAGCCCCACAGAUCAGCCUCCCCCAGCUUUCUAAGACUUCUCACAUACCCGUGCAGUCUAUAUUCAAGCAUAUGCCUCCGCUGAAGCCAAAGCCGUUAGUAGCGCCUCGGACUAUGGUGGCAACUUCAACACCUCCUCCGUUAGUCAAUACUCAGCAAGCCUCACCUGGGUGCAUCAGUCCAAGCCUUCCUCCAGUGCCACCCAAGCCGAUCUUACACUCGGAAGAGUCAACUUCAAACUCUCAUCUUCCACAUAGUAAAUCAGGAGCCAACCCCAGCCCUUCUACCCAGGACAAGAUGGAGCCUAUGAAUCAGCAUGAAAUGAAAACACAGCUGGAGCAAGACAGCAUCAUCGAGGCUCUUCUGCCUUUGACCAUGGAGGCAAAGAUCAAACAAGAGGUCACAGAGCGAGACUUCAAAGCCAUCAUCACCAGUGCGACAAACAAGAAGACACCAGCCAUGAGGAAAGUCUUGUAUCCCUGUCGUUUUUGUGACCAGGUGUUUCCUUUCUCUGGGGUCCUGAGGGCUCACAUCCGCUCCCACUUAGGCAUCUCCCCAUAUCAGUGUAACAUCUGUGACUACAUCGCAGCUGAUAAAGCAGCGCUGAUCAGGCAUUUGAGGACGCACAGUGGGGAGAGGCCAUACAUCUGCAAAAUUUGCCAAUAUCCUUUUACAGUGAAAGCAAACUGUGAAAGGCAUUUGCGCAAAAAGCACCUGAAGACAACCAGGAAGGAGAUAGAGAAGAACAUUGAGUAUGUUGCGAGCAAUGCAGCAGAGAUGGUAGAUGCCUUUUGCUCCCCAGACACGGUGUGCAAGUUCUGUGGGGAGGACCUGAAGCAUUACCGUGCUCUCCGCAUCCAUAUGCGGGCACAUAGUGGCUGCCAGAAAAAGAAGCCAUUUGAAUGCAAGGAGUGUGGCACUGCCUUCUCAGCCAAGCGGAACUGCAUCCAUCAUCUCCUUAAGCAGCAUUUGCACAUCCCAGAGAGGGAGGUAGAGAGUUAUGUGUUGGCAGUGGAGUGCAUUCCUCCAGAGAACCAAGCAGGCCCUCUGCAGUUACUAGAAGGCAGCACUUACACAGAUUGCAAGCCCAUCACACCUUUUCUGGAAUCACAGAAUGGUGUUUUAAGGGGCACCCCCUCUCAUCCAUCGAUCAAACUUGAAACUGCAAAUAGCUUCUCUAGAAAUUUUGACGAGCCUUUAGAUUUCUCUCAGAAGAACAAAAACCUGAACUCUGUGCUUGUAAAACAGGAGAGUCCAUUUGAUUCUCCUCUCUAUGACUGUUCCAUGGAGCCCAUUGACUUGUCCAUCCCCAAAGCUCCAAAGGACAGUGAAGAUUUCCUGAAUGAGUACAAGAAGCAAGAGCCCCUUGAUGGGCACUAUGAGAACCUUCAUAAUUGUGAGUGGUCUACUCCAGCUAAUGGCAACCUGGAAAAUCGAAUUUUCAGACAUUCCCAGCCACCGAAGGGUCCACUGCAUUUGACUGUCCCAAUCAUUUCUCCAUCCCUCUUGGGGAACUCGGCUUUGUUGCGACCCUUGAGGCCCAAGCCACCUCCUCUCUUGCCAAAGCCCCUUGUAACUAAAGAACUGCCACCUCUUGCUUCCAUUGCACAGAUUAUUUCAUCUGUGUCCUCUGCUCCUGCUUUAUUAAAAACAGAAGUUGUAGACUCAGUUCCUAAGGCAUCCAUUGGCAACUCCAGUGUGAUUGAUAAUUCGGGGAACUCUAAACCAAACACAACAAUCAUGGCUGCUGUCCAGCCUGAUCCCAGCAUUCCCAGUAAUUUGGCAGAUUGUGCAUGCAGUCCAAAUGGAUCCCAGAAGUCUCCUAGUCCUGGAUCUCUGAAGAAAAGAGGCAGAAAGAAAGGAACAAAAAACAAGACCAAGGCCAACAGUGGUGUGGACCUAGAGUCAAGUGGGGAGUUUGCCAGUAUUGAGAAGAUGUUGGCAACCACAGACACAAAUAAGUUCAGCACAUUUCUCCAGUCAACUGCAGACUUCAAGGAAGUAGCUAACAGAAAUGGAACUAGCGAGGAAGAGAGAGAGACAGCUGAAGAUAAACCCCUAAAAGGAAAGAGGAAUGCCUACUCAAAUUGUGUUCAGAAAAUUAAGUGUCCUCAUUGUCCAAGAGUUUUUCCUUGGGCAAGUUCCUUACAGCGCCACAUGCUUAGUCACACAGACAUUCAGUCAGAUUUGGAGAAUACAAGUGGAGGAAGUGAAGCUCUUGAUUUGACCUCUGGAGAGCGAGACCACCCAGAGGAGGCAAUUGAGCUUCCAGAAGUAUCAAAAUGCAGCCCCAAAGAAGAGGAGGAAAAAAUUGACUUCUCCCAAGGAGAUGAGAAGGUAGAGGAAAAGGACGUAGGUGUGGAGGAGUCACAAGAGAAACUAAGUGAGGAUGAAGAAGAGCCAGAAGAAGACUCUAUCAGCAACAGAAGCCUUGACCUCAAUUUUGCUAGCAAGCUAAUGGAUUUUAAGCUGGCCAAGAAUGACCAGAGCACAGGUAGUGGUGCUCAGACUGAAAACAAGCACACUUGUGACACUUGUGGGAAAUGCUUCAAGUUUGCAGGCACUCUUGCCAGACACAGAAAGGCUCAUGUGCACAGUGACAGGAAAGAUGAAAAGAGCAGUGAGGAUGAAAACAAAACCUUUCAGGAUACGGCCCAAGUUCCAGUUGCUCAAGAACAUCCUUCUCUUGAGCUGGAAGAACCCAGAAUGGACACCAAGGUAGUAGAAACGCCCACAGAUGGUGAGGCAACAGGAAGGGAGAAUGAAGAAAGCGAAAGCGUCUCCGAGGGGGAAAGCUUGGAGAGAAAAUCUUCUGAGAAGAGUGACGAUGACAGGAAGCCAAAGGCAAUUGGUGGGGCUAAGAGUGAAUCAAAGGCAGACAAGAGAAAGAAAGUUUGUACAGUGUGCAACAAGAGAUUCUGGUCUCUGCAAGACUUGACAAGGCACAUGAGGUCCCAUACAGGGGAGCGACCUUACAAAUGUCAAACCUGUGAACGGACCUUUACUCUGAAGCAUAGCUUGGUUCGCCAUCAGCGUAUCCACCAGAAGACAAAGGGUGCAAAGAACCAUGAGAAGGAGAGUGACAGGGAGGAUGGCCGCUCCAGGGAGGAGGAAGAUAGUGAAAAUGAGUCUCUCCACAGCAGUACCAACCCCGUCUCAGAAAAUGAAUGCGACUCACUGAUGGGGCAUGGCAGCUCAUCGCCAGUCACCCGGAGCCGCAGAGAGGGCCUUACCAAUGCUGCGAAGGAUAUAGUUUGUAAGGAGGACAGGCCAGCCAUGCGAACAGCUGGCCCUUGUCUUCCAGAGUCCAGCAAGAACAUGCAGAAGCAAACAGCAAAAGGGCAGGAAUCUCCUCGAGGGAAGGGGGAUCGUGGGAGCCCCUCAGGCUUCAUCCAGGACUUGCUGGAGAUUCACAAUAAAAAACCUUCCAUGAGUCACAUUCUUGCCUCAGCAGAGAGCCCGCCUAAGCUCUUGGGAGUUGAAUGACAGCUGUGAUUCCCGCCAUACCCCAGCAAAUGGAUCCAGCACACACAUGUGAGGAUAGAGUUGACCAUGCAAGCUCCCCAACACACACCGAAGCAGAGUCAUCCUGCUGUUUUGAUAGGUGGGCAGGGAGCAGGAGAUAGGGUAUGGCAGUUGAAAUCAGUGCCAUAAAUCUAUCAGUAUAAAUAAUGCAAGAGACUACAGUUAUAUACUGAUUUGAGUGCCUUACUACUUUAUUAGGUCUUUUGGUAUCAUAGAUUUUUUUAAGAAGAAAAAGAUGAUUUUUUAAAAAGAAAUAUUUUAAUGAAACUGUUUGGAAAGGACCUUUUUUCAUUUAAGCAUUAAUGUUACCUUUUGUAUUGGGUGUGUGAGCUUGUUCUUGUAUAUCUGUGAUAGCCGCUUUUGUGUGUGCUCUGAGCUGGAAACAAGGGGUCAGUGGGGCGAGGAAGCCCUUAGAAACUGCAGCUGAUAACUGGAAGAAGAUUUUUAAGAAAUCCCAAUAGAAGAACUACAAAUAAGGUGUUGAUUUUGUUUUUCUUUUCUUUUGUCUUUCUUAUUAGACAUUGUUUGUAUUUGCCACAUGGGGGAGAAUUAAUUAGUCCCAGGUAUUAACAUGGUUGAUUAAGACUUUCAAACUUGGUCCAAGCCAAAACUAGGAGAAACAAAAAUUUAAGCCUCGUUUGCUUCUUUCUUUCUUUCUUUCUUUCUUUCUUUCUUUCUUUCUUUCUUUCCUCACCCCACAUUGGCAAAGAUGAUGUUCUAGCUACUGUUAUUUUGAAAAAAAUGCUCUUUCUGGCCAUUGUGGACUUAAGAGCAUGCAGAAAGAGUUGCAUAGCGACUUUAAAACCUAUGGAAAUUAUGAACCCACUGUUAUAUAUAUAUGUUUGAUUUGUGCUUCAAUAUAUUAUUGUUAUUUUAAUAUUUUAUAAAUUUUGUCAGUUUUGCUAGUCUCUGCGUUCAGCAGAAACCAAUGGGCAAUAUUUGCCCACGGAGAUCUACAACGCAGCUUGGAUUGUCUGCUUAAAUGCUUCUGAUCUAAUCUCUCGCUGACUCUCCCUAUUGGGUUUGCAACUCUUUCUACUGUAUUUUACAUAGAAUCCUCUUCCUCAUACAGCAUCAAAUGGAGGCGAACUACAGCCCUGGUAGAUUGGGCCAUAUAUCCAAUUCAGGUAGAUUGAACAUGUGUUGCAGUGGGUGGAGAAUGAGGGAGUGAAAUUGCAGCAACAAGCCUCAAGCACACCCUACAUGCAUACAAACCAUGUAUAGUUAUGCUCUGAUUGAGUAACCAGGGCUUCUGCAAAAGACAAGGACCAUGAUUGCAUGGACAAGUCUAUAUGCAUGUAGUUUGAACACGUGCAGUUUGACCACACAAACAACGGAAGGGACUUAGCAUGGCGUAAGGCUUGGUACUAUGAUCUCACUUCUCUUACUACCCCCUCCUUCUUCAGAUUGUUUUUCCAGAUAGGUUUCAUUAACAGAGCUUCAACAGUUAUUGGGGUUGUCUCAGCAGUGACAUUCAGUGUGAGAUAAGGAAAGGGAGAAGGGUUGACAGGCUGGUAUGAAGAGGAACAUGAGGGGAAAGGAGGCCCUCUAGAUUGCAAGCAGAAAGUAUUGCAAAUAGCAUAUUGUUCAAAACUGCAGCUGUUGCAAUUUUUUUUACAUUGAUGAAUAAGAUGAUUCAGUCUUCCAAAAGGAAAAAAAAGAAAAUGAAAAAAAAAAAAAGCCUUAAAUUAUCUUGCUACCUUAACGUGCUUUAAAGGUGGAAAAUAAAUAAAUGCUACUGCCAAUAAAAUGUACACAUUGA